CAAGGAACGUCAUAGACAACUUGCUAUGUAGAAUCAUGUUUCUCUACAGUGUAUGGUAGCCUGUUGUGAAGGCAUAUAUUGCCUUCUGCAAAUGUUUACAGACAUUUGGCAGACAAAACCUCAAAGACAUGUCACACUUCUCCUGAUAGACGUCUUCGCAACCGGUUUUGCUGCACCCGAGACAAUGACUUUCUAACCUGAUUUGGAUAUCUAAAGGUAGAACUUUAGGUCAAUCUAUAAGUAACCACGGAAGAUGUUGGACACAAACUCGUAUUUUCUGGCCCUUGUUACAUUGUGCUUCACAAUGGAGACAAGUCAAUCAAUGACAUGCGGUGGUGUUGAAUACAAGUCCUUCACAAAAUUGGAACAGAGGAUCCACACGUUUGAAAAGGAAGUCUUCGAUGACUACGGCAUGAGUACUGAAGGAGCAUGGUAUGGGGAGCCGGGAUACAAGCUGCUGGACUUUGCCCCUGGACUACUCCACUGUGGAGGGAGGUACCCGGCCUGGGUUCAAGGUAAACAGGGCGGUGACUCAGAAGGUCAACACCAGCUGACCAUGUGCAUGCAGCAUUCAUCGGACGACUGCUACAGGACAUGGACAAUCGAUGCGAUGUCGUGUGAAGACCAAACAAUCUACAAGCUGACCAAGCCUCCGACGGAUAAGAUUGUUUACUGUGUUGGUUAUGUCAAUGAGGACAAUCCACCUUCAACUCACCUUGUUGACAGCUGUAGUGUGGAGAUACAAACAAGGGAGAAUGAUUAUCAGGGUUUUGCCGUUUUCCUCUGCAAUUUUGAAAGACUGAAUAUGCCCCUUCAUUACGAAACAUACUGGUUUGUGAAUGACAAGUAUGUCGCUGUCAAGGAUGUUGCUCUCUGGUCUGAAAAUUACGUUGAAAGUUCCAGGUUGACAGAAGAUGAUCUGAAAAAAGCUGGGUUCCACAAGUUUGGAUUUGAUGUGCGGUGCAGUGUUAGACUGCGGGACACGGCAGGUGGCUUCCCGGGACCAUCAAGACUGAGUGCACCGCAGUUUGCAGGAAUAACGGUAGAGUCGGAGGGAACCGAAUCCCGAAUCCGAGCCCUGAAGGACGAUACUGUGAACAACUUUAUCGGGGACAUCACCUACACAGGCCACGUGUCCAAACUGCUCAAACUUUCCUAA